GAGGUAUUACACCUGGCGCACGCGUCAAUAUUGAUUCGAUUUUUGAUGACAAAGGAAAACUUUAUAUCUGGGGUGGAAAUUCUCGUGGGGUAACAGAUCAAGCUAUGUACAUAUUUGAUACAUUUGACUCAACAUGGAGCCGAAUUCUUCCUUCUUAUGUUCCAGAACAAAGAAUGGCUUAUUCAGUAACAUUUAAGGAUGGCAAAAUUUAUUUUAUUGGAAGCACUUUUUCAAACAUCCAAGAUCAAAAAUGUGUCGAUAUUCGCGAGAUUUGGAUAUAUGAUACUCUCAAUACAAAUAAUAAUCCAUGGACUAAAAAAAAUGCGAUAAAUACCACAUAUAUAAGUAACCGUUAUGCUCACGCAGCUGCUCUAGCACCCAGUAAUCAAAGCAUUAUUUUAUAUGGCGGCAUAAUAUCAAAUGCUUCAGGCAUUCCGCCUGAUUAUUUGAUUACUCUAGACUUGCAAACAUUUGAACUUUCAAAACUUGUAACUAAACACGAGCCUAACAUAGAAGAUGUGUC